GAAGUAGAGACCCCGAAAGAGAGCUCGCCCAACACUACUACCAGCAGCUGACCAGCCUCGCCAUAAAACCACAGAAAACCUGCUAAGAGCAUGUUUUAUAGUUUCACCCGCUCGUCGCCGGUUGCGGGCGGCAAGGCGCGCGCCAGAGGGUGAGUCCCGCUGCUGUUUAAUGUUUAAUGUUUAGAUUCCCUCCUCAUCCAAUCGCAACACGCGCGGCGCGAUUUCACCCGCCGCAGCCGGCGAAAAGCUACGCACCCGUUUCCAAUUUCUCUCCCCUAAACGUAAUCAUGCGCCGGCUAUCCGCCGGCCAUAAUACCUGCUCUAACAUAACUGAAAGAGAGCGAGUGGACUCUGCGUGCGUCUCCUGCUCCUGCUCGGCUCCCGCUCCGCUCCCGGAGAUCGUGAGAGGUGAAUGGCAGAGGCGGCGCCGGGGAGGGGAGAGCCGUGACACCAUGAGGUGCGCCAGGCACCCGUACGAGGGCGGGCCCGGCGUCUGCGCGCCGUGCCUCCGCGGCCGCCUGCUCGCGCUCGCCGCCGCGCAGAACGAGUGGUCCUCGCUGCCUCCGCCCCCGCUCCAGCCGCAGCCGCAGCCGGAGCCCGAGCAGCUGUUCCCGCGGUCCGUGUCGCCGUACGUCUGCCGGCGCAAGUCCGACGCCUCGGCGCCGCGGGGCCGCCCGCCGGGCGGCCUGCUCUUCUUCCGGACGCCGCAGGUGGGCCCUGCGUACGGCGGGGGCGGGGGCGCGGGGUUCGAGGAGGGCGACAUCGGGUACCGGAGGCGGCGCAGCGGCAGGUUCUCCGUGCUCGCCGCGCUCUUCGGCCACAGAUCGGAGAAGGGCAGGGACGGAGGCGGCAAGGAGCGGAGGCACCGGCCCUCCUCCUGGCUCGCCGGGAUCGUGCAGCGCGGCCGCCGGAGGAAGGAGGCGGCCACAGCGUCCCCGCCGCGGCGCUCGUGGCGCGGGCUCAGCGACCGGGGCUUCUCCCCGGUGCGGUACGCCGACGGGUACGGCGACGAGAGCGCCUCCCCCGCGGAGUGGCCGUGGCUGCCUUCGCCGUCGCCUUUGCGCAAGACCCCGUGCCGUCGCCGCCUGGGGCUCGGGGGCCCGGGGGCCGGCGUCUCGGGGUUCGCGGUGUGCAUCAGCCCAAUCGUCCGGCCAGGGCUGGGCAGGCACCUCCGCGGGGGCCACCCACCGGACGCCGUCUCCAGCGAGCUCCGUCCGUCGCCGCUCCACCCGCUCACCUCCAGCGCCUCGCUCCCCCACUGUCGCUCCUGGAAGCUCGCCGACGGCGGCCGCUUCCGCUGAGCUCAUCAAUUCCCCCUUUCUCGCAUUUUUCAACCCCCCCCCCCAAA